UCGGAAGGAUAUUAAGGUUGCACAGCAAUGUGUUACAUGACCUAACCAGAGAGCGUUUGAUAAUGAAAAACUGGAGUUUCUCCGACCUUACGUCUCGUAACCUAAGAUGACCAGUUGUCCACGAUGUCUGCAACAAUGGGACGAGUUUUCAAUAGUUUGAGGCGAGUCGCUUUGAAUACGGGGGAAUUAUUUCAUAACACCACGACGACCGUGAGCAGACUGAGCAGUGUCCGUCCCCUCGCCAUGAGCUCUCAGAUGCAGGUCAGUUCCAAGAAACCCAACGAUGAGAACGUGAGCAGGCCCAUCAAGUUCUCCACCAGUAAAGCCAGUCAUAAGACCUGGAAAGUUGACCGUACCAUGGGGAGUCAUCACCAGCAGCCCUGGUGGAAAGUCUUGUCCAUCAGCCUCUUAGGCGUCAGCUUCGUGCUGUGGUGUGCAUUGAGAGGACAGACAGGCGUUGAUGAACAGCUCAAUAAGUCGCUCUAUGAGCAUUUACCAAGCCUGGCAUCAGAUGAUGAUGAUGAAGAAGAGGAGACUGUCCAAAAUCAAUCUAAUUAGCUAAUGGACUUAAUGUGUAUACAUAUAUAUAUAUUGCAGCGAUUAUUUAUCAGGUGUUUCUACUGUUGUGUGCAGAGAUUAACUGGUUUAUCAGGAGCUUGAUGAAAUGCCAUCCAAUGCUACAGGAAAUGAAUUAGCAGAAACAUUAAUUUUACAUUUCAGUUGUAAUGUUUCAUUUUGAUGGAGAGCAUGGGGAUUAAAAUGUCUUGAGUAGUCACUGUUUCUGAAACCUUAUGUUGAUAUAUUUCACAUUCUCAAACAGGUUCUUGUGUAGUCAAGCAGUGAUAUGUGUAUAAUUGUGUAGCCCAUGAAGUGGUAUUGCAGUUCAGAACUUGAACCAUUUGAAGAGAUGGCUGUAAGUAAGGUGUUAAGGUUGCAGAAUUCAUGUGCACUGGGGCUGCUACUUCUGACUGUUUCAAAAGUCAGCUAGCCAUUGACUACUGUAACUACUAUUUGGCUAGUUAGGUUAUAAACUGAAUGGUGGUGCAGGGGCUAGCACUUGUGCCUCACAACAAGGUCUUGGGUUUGAUUCCAACACCAGUUCACGGGGGUGAGCAUAUUCUCUCUGUGUUGGUGUGGGUUCCCUCUGGCUUCCUCCCACCAUUCAAAGACAUGCACUAAUGUAGGUUCAUCUGAAUUGCCCAUAGGUGUGAAUGUGAGUCAUUGGUUGUUUGUUUCUACUUAUCAGCCCUGUGAUGAACUGGCGACAUGUUCAGGGUUAACCCCACCCAACAUUUAACAUCUGAUGCACAAUCAGAAUAGCAAAACAAAACUUUUUUAAACAGUUAUUCAGCUCUGUAUUCAAAUUUGCAACAUUACUACUACUUUCUCCCCCUUAAAAAGCACAUUUGUGCCUAAUAGUUUGAGUACUAAAGAGUUGCAACCAGCAACAAAUAUUUUUCCUUCAAAAGUGGACAUCAUCAAUGACCUAUAAAUUAAGUUAGUUGACCAAUUUUGCAAUUGACCAUUUGUUAACCAGCCCUAAUGUGCACCAAUUAAACACUAUGCAACUCGGCAGGUUUAGGUGCAAACCACCCUAUCUUAAACUUGAUUAAAAAUUGAUUCACAUUUCCUAUUCUCAGCAUUUAAUAGGCUCACAAUGAACGUACUUUUUGACAUCCUUUCUGUAGCUCAGAAGAAUGAAGUGCUUUAUUUAAAAAAAAAAAAAUUCUGCAAAAUUCAUUCCUGUGCCAAAGGUGUGUUUACAAAGUUUUAAAAGUACAAACAUUUAAG